AUGGGCAUAUUUCCAUGGAAUAAGGUGUCCGCCUGCUGGUCAGUUCAGGGGGAAUACUAUAUUGCAGCUGUGCACUUGCUGUAUGUGGCUGAAUGCUGUGUACACUCCUCUGUCAAAUGCACUGCAAACUCUAUCUGUGAUGGCCAAUCUUUUGAAGAUGGACAUUUGUUUCAGACAGUCCCUGUCCAUGCCCCAGAAUUGUCGUGUCUUCCCCACCAUGUCAAGCAUGACAGUUUUGAAUAUGUUGCAGAAUAUGCCUAUCAGCACCUCAAAAGGUCAGGCAAUGCUUUACAACUGGAUACAAUUUUACCAGCACAUAAUUGUACAGACAGUUUUUACUGCGUUCCAUAA